AUGUCUCGAACAAUGGUGUCGAUCUGGGUCUACAUCUGCCGUCUACCCGCUGGGUUUCCGACCAUCAUGUGCGAGAUCCCAGAUCCGGGGGACUGGGGAGAUGCGGCGGCUCAGCUUUGCGGCUUGUUGCCCCUGCUCGGCUUCGUUGGUGCCGCUCCAAGCUGCAACCAUGAGUGCAACCGUGCUUGUUGGACAUCCCGGUUCAACGUCAACACGGACUACGAAAACGAAUGGCCCGUCACUGGGGUUACACGGAAAUUCGACUUGGAAAUCACCGAAGUGGAUGAAUGGGUUGGCCCAGAUGGUCACAUCAAGAAGGGAGCCAUGCUCAUCAAUGGCGGGUACCCAGGUCCACUCAUCAAGGCGGACUGGGGCGACAGGAUCGAGGUCACAGUCACGAACAGGCUUAAGGUCAACGGCACGUCCAUGCACUGGCAUGGUUUCCACCAGCUGAACAGCAACAGCCAAGAUGGCGUGGCUGGAGUUACCGAGUGUCCCAUCCCUCCCGGUGACAGCAGGAUCUACUCGUUCCUGGCAACUCAGCAUGGAACUUCCUGGUACCACUCGCACAUCUCCUCGCAAUAUGCCAAUGGCAUCGUUGGCCCGAUCCAGAUCAACGGUCCUUCCUCCUACCCGUACGAUACCGACCUCGGCGUCUUCCCUAUCAGCGACUGGUACUAUGACUCCGCUGAGCAUAUUGGUGUCCCUGGCUCUCCUCCGCCGAGUAACAACAUCCUCUUCAACGGCAUGAACGUCGCACCCAACGGAACUGGAGGCGAAUAUGCGAGAUUGAAGUUCACAAAGAACAAGCGUCAUCGUCUCAGGUUGGUCAACACCUCUGCCGAUAACACAUUUGUUGUUUCGAUCGUUGGUCACAACAUGACGGUUAUUGAGACGGACUUUCGUUAUGAUGUCGUUAUCAAGGCGGACCAAGAGGUGGACAGCUACUGGCUCAACGCAACUCUGUCUUCGACUCCCCUUUGCGGCGCAUCGCUCAACCCUCACCCAGCUGCCAUUGUCUCAUACGAAGGCGCCGACGAGACCAGAUUGCCCACCAACAUCGGCCUGCCUGCAAUCGAACAGUUCUGCGAGGACGAAGUCACUGCUAAGCCCCUAACCUCGAGGACGGCGCCAAAGGCAGACUUCACCAACACCAAGGUGGAUACCCUGGCUGUGACCCUUGACGUGAAAGAGGUGAACAAGGGCAUCUCCAAGGUGCUUUGGGCGGUUGAUGGCUCGGCCAUCGAUGUCCAGUGGGAGAAGCCGACGUUGGAGUACGUCGUCGAAGGGAACUUUACGUUUCCGAGACAAGCGAACAUUAUCAAGCUGCCAGAAGCUGCCAAGUGGUCCUUCUGGGUAAUCCAAAACAACUCUCCCGCGCCGCAUCCCAUGCAUCUCCACGGCCACGACUUCCUAAUCCUCGGCCGUUCCCGUUUCGUCGCCAACCCACUCGUCGACCCCGGUCGUCCCAUCGUCUUUGACCCUGCCGUUGACGGUCCCCAUCUCAAGUUCGACAACCCCACGCGGCGCGAUACCACGGUCCUCCCGCCCUUCGGUUGGCUUGUGAUCGCUUUUGAGGCCGGCCACAACCCCGGUUCGUGGGUGUUCCACUGCCAUAUCCCUUGGCACAUGAGCCAGGGACUCAGUGUCCAGUUCCUUGAAAGGGCCGAUCUGAUCAACUCGGUGAUGCCGAAUUUGAUGCCGGAGUUGAGGAUGAAGUGUGAUGAUUGGGGGGAUUAUGCUAAUAAGGACCCGGGAUUUAAGAUGAGGAAGAUUGAUUCGGGCAUUUGAGUUGAGUGGUGAAGUUGCGGUGGGCUGAGAGGGAGGUGGAGGGUUUUUCUUCUUGUGUAUUCUCUUCUUGUUGUUGGGUACUUGGUAGGUUGGAUAAGUAAUACAAAGAUGAUUCGAAACUGC